AUGAUAAACCUCUUUCGUUCUUUUACUUUUAGUUUUAAACAUAAAAUAUACACCAAACCUACUUUAAUCCGAACCUUGAUGACAUCCACAACAACAAACGCUGCUGAUUGGGAACUCGAAGGAACCCAUGGUAGCUACUGGACCUACACUCGCACAUUAGAAAAGUCGGAUAACGACGACCGUGAUUACCGUCUCAUCAAACUGGCCUCCAACGAUCUCCAGGUGCUCCUGGUUCAUGACAAAGAUACAGACAAAUCCAGCGCUGCAUUGGAUGUCCAUGUGGGACAUAUCAGUGAUCCCGUUGAUCUCCAGGGUUUGGCUCACUUUUGCGAACAUCUCUUGUUCAUGGGCACUGAAAAGUACCCCAAGGAAAACGACUACAACCAAUACCUGUCUGAGCAUUCUGGUUUCUCCAAUGCGUUCACAGGCGUAGAAGACACCAACUACUACUUUGAAGUCGGCCAAGAGCAUUUGGAAGGUGCUUUGGAUCGAUUUGCCCAGUUUUUCAUCAGCCCCUUGUUUUCAGAUAGUUGCACUGAAAGAGAGCUCAAGGCAGUGGACUCAGAGCACAAAAAGAACAGACAGCAGGACAGUUGGCGCAUGUUUCAAUUGGAGAAAUCACUCAGUAACCCCAGCCAUCCCUAUUGUCAUUUUGGUACGGGCAAUUUGGAAACGCUGUACGAAAACCCCAAGAAGAAUGGGCAAGAUAUCCGUGCUGAAUUGCUCAAGUUUCACGACAAUUACUAUUCUGCCAACAUUAUGAAAUUGUGUAUACUCGGACGAGAGUCUCUGGAUGAAUUGACCCACUGGGCUGUGGAGAAGUUUAAGGAUGUGCGUAAUAAGGGCAUCGAGCCUCCUAGUUUCCCUGGCCAUCCAUUGACCAAAAACGAGCUCAUGAAACAAAUAUUUGUAAAGCCUGUCAAAGAUGUGCGUUCUUUGGAGAUGACUUUUCCUUUCCCAGAUCAAAGACCACUAUAUGCUGUUCAACCUGGUAGGUAUCUUUCGCAUUUGAUCGGCCAUGAGGGACGUGGCUCCAUUUUGUCAUUGCUCAAAAAGAACGGCUGGGCAAAUUACUUGCAAGUGGGCACCAUUCACGGUGGCAUUGGCUUCGAAUUCAUGCGUAUCAGUGUGGACCUUACAGAACAAGGCUUGACUCACUACCAAGAUGUCAUUCUCACCAUCUUUAAAUACGUCAACCUCCUGAAAAAAGAUGGUGUUCAAUCUCGUAUUUUUGAAGAGGUACAAUCACUGGCUUCACUUGCAUUCCGUUUCAAAGAGAAAUACCCUCCCUCGCAAUACACGUCUCGCUUGGCUGGAUUGAUGCAGCAUGGCUAUCCUGAAGCCUACAUUUUGAGUGGCCCUAGUUUGAUUCGCAAUUACGACGCUCAACUCAUCAAGGACAACCUGGAUUGGAUUCGCCCGGAUAACUUCCGUAUCAUGCUCGCUAGUCAAACACCUCCCAAUGGCAUCGAAUACACUGAAAAGGAAACCUGGUAUGGCACUGAAUACAAUGUGGUUGAUUUUGAUGCAGGCUUGAUUGAGUCUCUGAACAACUUGCAAGAGGACGAGGCUUUGGCUCUGCCAGCUGACAACGCAUUCAUCCCCACUAAUUUCGAAACACACAAGAAACCAGUUGAAACACCACAAAAGCGACCUGAAUUGAUUGAAAAUACACCUCUGCUGCGUUUGUGGCACAAGAAGGACGACACCUUCUGGGUUCCUAGAGCCAAUGUGUGGAUCUUGUUUAGAUCUCCCUUGGCUUACGCUACCCCCACCAACUGCGUAAAGACUCGAUUGUACACGGAUUUACUCAAGGACUCUCUCAACGAAUACGCUUACGAUGCCGAAGUCGCUGGUCUUUGCUAUAAUAUCGAGAACCAACUGGAAGGUAUGCUGCUCGCCAUGGGUGGCUACAAUGACAAGCUCCCCGUCUUGCUGGAAAAGGUGAUCCAAAAAAUGAGAGAUUUCCAAGUGGAUCCCGAACGUUUCAAGUUGCUCAAGGAUCAAUUGCGUCGCUCCUACAAGAACUUUUCAUUGGAGCCUCCUUAUCAACACGCUCUCUAUUACCUCUCCUACUUGACACAAGACAAGAUGUGGACAAACGCUGAGAAAUUGGCCGAGCUGGACCACAUCACUGCUGAAGACAUCCAAUCCUUUUACCCUGAAAUUUUAUCCCAGUUGCACGCUGAAGCCCUUGUCCACGGUAACUUGCACAAGGAAGAUGCCACUGACAUGCUCAAGAACACACUCAAGAUCCUCAACCCCAAAUCAUUGCUUCCCAGCCAAUUGAACGGUCAUCAUAGUCUGGUCUUGCCCAAGGGAUCCAAGUGGGUGUAUCGUCGCGAUGUGGAAGACCCCAACAAUGUAAAUUCAGGCAUUGAAUACUUGAUCCAAGUCGGUAAUGUCACACAGACUGCACUCAGAGCGAAAUUGAGUUUAUUGGCGCAAAUUGCACAAGAACCCUGCUUUGAUCAGUUGCGUACCAAAGAGCAGUUGGGCUAUCUGGUCUUUAGCGGUGUUCGCAAGCAAACAGGCUCCAUGGGCCUGCGCUUCAUUUUGCAAAGUGAACGUGAUACAAUCUACCUUGAGAACCGCAUUGAGGAAUUCUUGGCCAAGCUUCGAUCUAUUUUGGAAAAGAUGACACCUGAGGAGUACAAGGCGCAAGUGCAAUCUUUAAUUUCUAAAAAGUUGGAAAAAGAUAAGAAUUUGGGUCAAGAAGGCGGCAAGUACUGGACACACAUUCAUUCAGGCUACUACGAAUUCAAUCAAGUGGACACGGAUAUCAAGGAGUUGCGUCUGAUUCAAAAGGAGGAUCUAUUGGCUUUCAUGACCGAAUACAUUGAUCCUCAAUCGCCCUCUGUGCGUAAACUGUCGGUCCACAUUCAAUCACAAAAGACACCACCUCCCAUGAAGAAGUUCAAGGUCAACAUCGAAUCAUUGCACACAUGCCUCGUCUCGCAAGGUGUCACGCGCCUUAGUAUUGAUGAUGUUCGAUCUGCUGUUGAGAAGGGCGAUGCUGGUGAAGCUAGCAUUGAAGCUAAUUUGCGCAACUUGCUAUCUGAUGAAAGCAAGGCGGAUGAAUCCGUGAUUGAAUCCUUGAUGGCCAAGCUCAUGAUUGCCAUGCGUGAAACUGAUACGACAGACGGCUCCUAUGUUACGGUGGACAACCAAAAGACACAGCGCAGACUGUCUAUGGUAAACGGCGAAGCUCCUGAAACCUCCUCGUCUACCUCCAGUGCUGAGGGCAAGACCGAAAGAGAUCACACUCAGAUCCCUCCUGGUAACAAGAUCAUUACCAACGUGAUCGACUUUAAGAGUAGUGUAGAGUUGAGUCCUGCUGCUGUGCCAUUGAUUGAAUUUUAA